UCAUUCCAAUGAAAACCAAUCAAAUUAAUUAAUGAUGGGGUCAUUUUCCAUUGCUUCAAAGGGUGUGAUUGUGGGUAUGUUUGUGAUUGUUCUUGUGGUUUGGGAAGUUGGGGCAGCCGGGGAAUGUGGGAAGACGCCCAUAGAAUCGGCGGCGAUGGGGCUGACGCCGUGCCUGGGGGCGGUGAGGGAUGUAAAAGCAAAGGUUACGGGGGCGUGCUGCAGCAAAGUGGGGGCGAUGUUUAAUAGUUCGCCAAAAUGCCUUUGCGCCAUUCUUUUAUCGCCGUUGGCUAAGCAAGCGGGAAUAAAUCCGGGCAUUGCUAUUACAAUCCCUAAACGUUGUAAUAUUCGAAACCGUCCCAAAGGAAAGAAGUGUGGGAAGUACACUCUCCCUUGAGAACUAAAAUCUAGCAGACCACAGCAAUAUAUGGAGAAAAGUUAUUGUGUCAUCAAAAUAAUUAUGCCACAUUGAUGUAUAUCAUGUGCCCUAAUGUCUAAUUAUAUAUUUGAGUAUUUUUCAUUUUUACAACAUGUUAAUGUUUGUGGGACGUACAUUUGUUACUAUGGGUAUAGUAUAAUAAUGGGUCCUUCAUUUUCUUUUUUGUAAUGAAAGAAACUAUAAUAAAUAAGAAAAUUAUCCUUUAGUAUAUA